AUGCCGUCCAUUCUCAGUGACGCGGAUAAGGAGACGGUCAAGAGGACUGUUCCAAAACCGGGCAACAAGAUCCUCGCCGUCGGUGUCGCGCGACUAUACGUUGCCCAUCCCAAUACGCAGAAAUGGACAUAUACCGGUCUCCAGGGAGCAGCUGUUAUCGCAAAUGACCUGGUUGGUCACACAUUUUGGCUCAAACUUGUGGAUGUUUCACCUGCGAACCGUGGAGUACUCUGGGACCAAGAGAUCUACGAUGGCUUUUCUUAUAACCAAGAUCGUGUCUUCUUUCACACGUUCGAGCUCGAGGAGUGUCCAGCAGCCUUGUCGUUCUCAGAUGAGAAAGAGGCAAAGACCUUUCUAAAAAAAAUGCACGAGCGCGAAAAGCAUGCGAGCAAAGAAACGAAAGCCACCCCAUUUGCCUCGACGCGCGGACAAGGACCGGCGCCCGUAUCCAGCGGAAAGUCCGGCCGUUCACUAUUUAGCGGCCUUCUCGGUAGAAGUUCAUCGAUUGCAACACCAACUAUACCUGCAACACUACCACCGAUUGCUGCUCCAGUACAACCUCCUCCUCCGGUUCUUGCGCCUGCGCCAGUGCACGAAAAGUCGUCCUCAAUAGAUCUUACGGACCCAGAAAUACAAGGUGUUUUGGCGGAACUGCGGCAGAUGGGUAUCACCGAUGCACAAAUCAAAGAUAAUGAGGGUUUUAUCAAAUCAUACAUUCAAAGCCAAGCUGUUGAUGCUUCUAACCGAUCGUCUCCCUCACCUGAAGACCAGAAAAAAGCGAAAGCGCCUCCCCCACCUCCCCCGGCGUUAGCACCACAGCCGAAAGUUGCUACAAUCAGUCCUCAGAACACUGGUGGCAGUGGUGGUAGUAGAAGAGGUCCUCCUCCACCACCCCCUUCACGUCGACGAGCAGACGCCACCCCAGCGCUCCAAGAGCCGGAAGCACCUGCACCCCCACCGCCUCGAGAGCCAUCACCACCACGGCCCAGAUUUCGAGCACCGCCCCCCAUUGCAGAUGCAGGCAGGUUUGCUCAGCCUGUAACGGCACCUGGCAGGCCUCGUGCAGCAUCAGGUGCAACACCUGGUCCUCCUCCACCUCCUAGGCCUCCAAAGACACCAAUGGAUGAAGCUGCAUCGCCACCUCCUCCACCGAGGGGUCAUGGUGUCCCUCCUGCUUUUCAAGGUGAACGUAAAGUCUCGGCGCCUCCAGCACCUCCAAGCCGCAGUCCCGCGCAUGCUCCACCUCCACCGCCGCCUCGAGAAGUCCCUCAAUUGCCACCAAAAAUCCCUCAUGCAGUCGCACCAGCGUCUAUUCCUCCCCCUCCUCCAGCACGAGCUCCUAUCGCUCCUCCCCAGCUUCCUCCAUCAAAUACCCGUCUUGUGCCCCCUCCCCCUCCGGCUCCUUCAUCUGGUGCUCCUCCACCACCACCACCACCUCCUCCCCCUCCACCUUCGUCUGGUAUUCCACCACCACCACCUCCUCCUCCUCCCCCCCCUCCUUCGUCCGGUGCUCCUCCUCCCCCUCCUCCGCCCCCACCACCUCCAGCCAGCUCGGGGGCACCACCCCCUCCUCCUCCUCCGCCUCCUGGAGGAGCAGCACCACCCCCCUUACCUUCUGUCGGCGGUGGUGGUCGAGACGAUCUUCUUGCAGCUAUACGAGCGUCUGGCGGCAGAGGUGGCGGUGGAUUGCGCAAAGUUAACGAUACAGAGAAACGGGAUCGCAGUUCUGCAAUGGUUCCUGGAGGGUCAAACGAAGCAGCGGCAUCAACUCCUAGCGCAGCACCUGCCGGUGGCUUUGCGGGUGCUAUUCAGAAUGCCCUAGACAAGCGGAAACAGAAGGUUCGCGGUAGUGAUGAUGAAAGAGAGGAUGAUGAUGAUGACUGGUAA